CGACUUUGAGUAACAUCUUGCACUAUGAAAUUUGAGGAUUUCUUUUUUGGAUGUGAAAUGUGCAUACAUGGAAAUGAGGAAAUUGGAUUUUAUCCUUUUUAUUAAUGCCGCUAUCGUGGAGUGUUAAUUGAUUUCCGGACUCGCGAUGGAAUGGAUGUCUUCGUUUUUUGACAGCUCUUUAACUUAAAGCUCAACUGAAGGAGAAAUAAGACUUCAAUGGCUUUGUGAUUGAAAAAACCCAACACAGAGGAGCUACAGCUGUGUAUCACCGAGACUGCCUCAUCGUCUCAAGAAAGAUUCCUCUUAAAUGCCCUCUUGAGGACCUCUCCGAUUGGAAAAAAAAUGGCCAAAAACCUAUUGGAUUUAUAGUUUCAUUGAGCGGCAGUGAACUCUCGUUUACCCUCCUCAACCUCCGAGCCAAGGAGCUUUUCUCGAGCGAUCAGGCGGUUCAUCCUGAACGAGUUUGUAACUUCUGCCCCAUGUAGAGACGAGAGCGUCUUCAAACAUGGCUCCCCACUGGAGAGGAGGAGCUCAGGUUUUGGCAGUGACUCUGGGAGUUUUGCAGUGCUGUGGAUGGCUGUCCGGUCAGACCGUAAGGACUAGUGUUGGGACGACAGGAAGAGGUCCUGAGCAAUGGGCGAUGUCUCAUGAAAGGGUGAAGAGAGGAUGGGUUUGGAAUCAGUUUUUCGUUGUGGAGGAGUACACCGGGACCGAGCCACUUUACGUUGGAAAGAUCCAUUCUGACUCGGAUGAAGGGGACGGCUCUAUUAAGUACACCAUCUCUGGAGAGGGAGCGGGCACUAUAUUCAUCAUAGACGAGGUCACCGGUGACAUUCACGCCAUGGAGAGAUUAGACCGUGAGGAGAAGACCUUCUACACCCUGCGAGCUCAAGCACUAGACCGUCUGACUGACGGGCCGCUUGAACCCGAGUCAGAGUUCGUCAUCAAAGUCCAGGACAUCAACGACAGCGAGCCCAAGUUCCUGGAAGGUCCCUACGUCGGAAGUGUGGCAGAACUCUCUCCUAUUGGGACGUCAGUGAUGAAGGUUAUGGCCUCGGACGCUGAUGACCCGACCUAUGGAAGCAGCGCUCGGAUAGUUUACAGCGUCCUGGACGGGGAGAGAUUCUUUACUGUUGACCGACAAACCGGAGUGAUCCGGACAGCCGUGGCGGAUCUCGAUCGGGAGACACAGGACCGUUAUGAGCUGGUCGUCAAGGCAACGGAUAUGGCGGGCCAAAUGGGUGGUCUCUCUGGUUCUACCACUGUGACCAUAGUGAUCACGGAUGUUAAUGACAACCCUCCACGCUUCCCUCAGAAGAUGUAUCAGUUUUCGGUCUCGGAGGGCGCAGGCGUUGGGACGCCUCUUGGCCGGGUGAUCGCGACAGAUGCAGACAUGGGCGAGAAUACGGAUAUGAGUUACCUGAUCAAAGACGAGGAGGGGGGAGAGCUGUUCAGGGUCUCGACCGAUGGAGACACACAAGAGGCCGUCAUCACCAUCAAAAAGCCUCUAGACUUUGAGAACAAGCGCACGCAUAAUGUGGUCGUCGAGGCUGUAAACAAACACGUGGACCCUCGUUUCGUGGAUCUCGGGUCUUUCCGGGACCAAACCAUCGUGAGGGUCAGCGUGUCGGAUGUGGAUGAGCCUCCCAUCUUCAUCCCUGCGGCCGGCACCGUCAUGGAGGUUCAGGAAGACGCUCGGAUGGGUGCGCUGGUGGGAAUUGUGACCGCAAGAGAUCCGGAUAUGGAUAACGUCCCCGUCAGGUUCUCCAUAGACCGAAGCACAGACGAGGAGCAGAUCUUUAACAUCGAUCCUGUAACAGGUGCUAUCACUCUGGGAAAGAUCCUGGACCGAGAGACGGCCGGCUGGCACAACAUCACGGUUACAGCGGUGGAAGCAGAUAACCAGUCCAUGUCGUCUCAGUCGGCGGUGAGCAUCCGAAUCCUGGACGUCAACGACAACCCUCCCGAACUCGCCACCCCUUACGAGGCUUCAAUCUGCGAGGAUGCCAAGCCUGGCCAGCUCAUUCACACCAUCAGCGUAGUGGACAGGGAUGAACCGCAGUCUGGACAUCGCUUCUAUUUCACGCUGGCACCCGAAGCCUCCAACAACCGACACUUUACACUGUGGGACAUCAAAGACAACACAGCCGGCAUCAGAACGCAGCGGUCUGGCUUUAACCGUCAGGAGCAGAACGUGUACCUGUUGCCCAUCCUGGUGGUGGACAGCGGCCCUCCGGCCCUCAGCAGCACGGGGACCCUCACCAUACACGUGUGUGGCUGUGACCCGGACGGGGCCAUUCAGUCCUGCAACGCCACGGCGUACGUCAUGUCCGCUGCGCUCAGCCCUGGCGCUCUCAUCGCACUGCUGGUGUGCAUCCUCAUUCUCAUCGUCCUGGUGCUGCUGAUUUUGACCCUCAAACGUCACAGGAAGGGCCAGCGCAUGUCCGAAGAUGAGGAGGACAUGCGCGACAACGUCAUCAAAUACAACGACGAGGGCGGCGGAGAGCAAGACACCCAGGCGUACGACAUGAGCGCCCUACGCAACCUCUACGACUUCCCAGAGGUCAAAAGCUCGGAUUCUGGCCCCGACUUGCGCUCCGUCCCUCAGUGGAUCCAAAACAGAGUGGUGGGAGACGGCGGGCCGGCCGACUUCACGGUUUUCAAAGGCUACAUACGCAAGAAGGUCGAGCAAGCGGACGCGGACUUAUCGGUGCCGCCGUACGACUCGUUCCAGACUUACGCUUUCGAGGGCAGCAGCUCGCCGGCUCUCUCGCUGAGCUCCAUCCGUACGCUAUCCACAACCUCAGAGCAGGACUUCUCAUACCUCAGCGAUUGGGGGCCGCGCUUCAGGCAGCUGGCGGGCUACUACGCCCCGGCCCAAGCUGAAGAAGAGGGGUCCUAGCACCAUGCUCUCCCCUGACCCGCUCUCAGAGACCCCACUGUCCCGGUCCUGGAGUCGUUUUCCUCCCUGCAGUUCGUUUGUUGGAUCCCGGUUAGUCCGGAGAGAUUUAAUGUCACCCGUUACACUCUGCAAAGUGACUUCUUGUCUUGUAGAAAAGUUCAGGACAAAUAUCGAAGGAGAAGAGCAUUAGGCCGGGUGCCGGGCAAACCUCCAACAUCUCCUCACCUGUCAGAGAGAGCAAGAAGAAGCGGGGCCGUGCCAUAAUAUGCACUAUUCAAAACUCCCGUUGUUUUUUUUUUUUGUGGUCUCUUUGCGCAUCUGUGGAAAUAAGGACUUUAACUCACCGGGAUCUGGAGGAAGACAAUGGAAAUGUCUUUUUAAAUACCAACAUUUAAAAAAAAAAAAAAAACCCUUAAAUAAAUAUGUAUUUAUUUAAAGAAAAACGAACAAAAAAAAAGGUAAAACAAUAUUUAUGUAUUUAUUGCUUUCUAUUUAUUUAUUUAUUCAUCCUGGCAAUGGACUGAAAUAGAGAAAAAAUGGACAUAAAAGUUGUCAGGGUGACAGACAAAGACUGAAUAUGGUGGGGGUGGGAUUGGUAUCAGUGACAGUAAAUCGGUCUUGAAAAUAUUUGUAUUUAUUUUUUAGAGACUCUUUUUGUAAAAUACGAAACCGAUUCUGGUGGAGAAAAGUACCAGCUGUUGGGGUGAAUCUCCCGAACACAUGCCACGCUUCACCCACAAAUCAUGGGAAUAAAAUAGGAAAAUACAACACAUUUUGCAUGAAGAUAAUGAAGUCUGUUUUAAAGGAGCAAGGUUUGUGAUAUUGUGCUUAUGGAAAUUAAGCACGUUUUCCCUCCAAUUUAUUUAAUUUUUUUGUAUUUCUCAUGAUUCCCAAUAGAUCCUUUGAUCUGUAAUAUAGUUAAAUGACUGUAAUUUGUAUUACAGUUGGGAGAAUUUGUGGAAAAUGUGAUUAAUUGUCAUAAAAAUAAUUACUAGGCUUCAUUUACUUUCUGCAAAAUAUGAUUGAACAUUUCUUUCUUUGAUUCUGAAGUGAAAUAAUUCCUUGACAGGUUUCGUGAACAUUGGUUUUGUCUUGUCAUACAUCUUGUGUGUUGUGUUGCUUUUCAACUAAGUAUCCAGAUUGGAAGUUGUGUUCGCCAUUGAAUCUUUUCAAGGGGAAUUUUGAAAGACAACGUGGCACAAUACACGACUAAAGAGACAAAAGAGGCCAUCUGACAGGUUCUUUAUCAGACAUCCCAAGAUAUACAUGUUCAUUGAUGACUCGUGAGUGUGCCAACGAGACGUUUCCAGAGGUGGUUUGGUUGCUUUUUGAUUAUUGUGUUGGGUUGAGGCUGAUGAACGGGGUGAAGCGCUCAUGUUUUUCCCAGAACCAGCACCCUUAAAUGUCCACCCAAACAUGCAGAUGUAUGGCUAAAAUACAAUUGAAAUCAUCAAUAAAUAUUUACGGUUUUUCAA